GACAUGACACUAGCAGCCGAGGGUUCUUUCGUGAAGGCCCAUCAGAUGAUAUUGUCCCUGGUUAGCCCUUAUAUCAAGGAUAUCAUAGCAUCACUAAAAUGUACACAUCCAGUGCUAUUUUUUGAUAAUAUAUCAUAUAAAACUUUAUGCUCGGUAUUGGAUUAUGUUUAUAAAGGCGAAGUGGAAGUAUCUAAAGAACAAUUGAAUGAAUUGAUAAAUGCUGGCAAGGUUUUACAAAUCAAAGGAUUACAAGAAAUGUGUGCAUCAACAACUUUAUCAUCACAUCAAACUGCACAUAUAGUUACAAGUAAUAACUCUGAGGAUACAAAUGAAUUGACAAUAUUGGAAACUACAGCUGUUGAAGAACCUGAAAUACAAUCAGACACAGUAAAUAAAGAUCAAAAUGAAUAUGACGUUAUUAGUGAACCAGAAUUUGUUAUAGAAGACAAUGAAAAUGAACCAGAAUUUGCUAUACAAGACAGUGAAAAUGAAGAGUCAACAAGCAGUGAUAAUAGUUGUGAACUUGCUAAAACAAAUAAUGACAAAUAUAGUGAUAAUUCUUUUAUCGUCAACCAAGAUACAGAUGAUUUACCAACACCAUUCUUUACAACAUCGAAUCAAGGCUCCUUACAACUGGUACUGGAUAGAUAUUUAUAUUUUCUGAAGUACAGAAGUAUGACUGCAUCAGGACAUUCUAAAUGGAAAUGUGUCAACUAUAAUUACUCAAAAUGUCCAGCGUAUGUGAUUACCAAAAACGACAAAGUUAUUCAAAACCAUUCCAAGCACGCACAUCCAAACCACGAUAUUAGAAUAGAAAAAAAAGUCUCAUCUGGCGAAUUGUUUCCUAGUAUGAAAAGUGCUGAAGAAUUUGUAAAAACGCAAAAAGUGACAAAUUCGAGACGUGAAAAGAGGAAAAAAAGUCCUAUUUAAAUAUAAAAGCGAUGAAAUUUUCUUGUUAUAAUAUGUUAAAUAUUGUUUUAUUUUAAUAUUUAUUACUUAUUCAUAAGUGUAGAUAUUGAAAAAUGUAAUAAUAAUGUGCUACUAACGGAACUUUUGUUGACAAUUCUUGAAACAUUUUUAAGAUGCUUACCAAUAUUUUUAUACUUAUUGUUAGUGACAAAUGAAACAAUUAUAAAUUGUUAUGAUAUUAAAACACGUAAAAAACUU